AUGUUGCUUCUACUUGCCCACACUCUCUUAGCCACUUCGGUGAACGCUGUCGACAAUGGUCUGGCUAGAACCCCACAGAUGGGGUGGAACAACUGGAAUUCUCUGGGUUGUGAUGUCUCUCAGUCGCUGUUGAUUGAUACUUCCAAGGUGCUAUUGGAUAGCGGCUUGAAGGACGUGGGCUAUCAGUAUGUUGUCCUUGACGAUUGCUGGUCGGAUGGUCGCGAUGAAGCCGGCUAUCUUCGACAUGAUGCACAAAAAUUCCCCAACGGCAUGAAGUGGGUCGCCAACGAACUCCACGACAUGGGUCUCCUGUUUGGCAUGUAUUCCAGUGCGGGCGAAAUGACCUGCGCUAGAUACGAAGGUUCUCUUGACAAUGAAGAGAAAGACGCAGAGAUCUGGGCCUCGUGGGAUGUCGACUACCUGAAGUACGACAACUGUUACCAUCGUGGCCGAUUUGGUUAUCCUGAAAUCUCCUUCAACCGUUACAACGCGAUGGCCAAAGCUCUCAAUGCUACAGGUCGACCAAUACUGUACUCAUUGUGCUCUUGGGGAGAGGACUACGUGCACACUUGGGGAAUGUCCAUUGCCAACUCCUGGCGGAUAUCGGGUGAUAUUUAUGAUCACUUCAAUCGUCCUGAUGCUCUGUGUGCAUGUGAUGACCCUCGCGAUCCUCACUGUGUCGCACCAGGUACUCACUGCUCGGUCAUGAAUAUCAUCAACAAAGUUGCACCCUACGUCGAUCGCGGUCAAUUUGGCGGCUGGAACGAUUUGGAUAUGUUGGAAAUCGGACAGGGUGGAAUGACAGAUGAGGAAUACAAAGCUCACUUUUCCAUGUGGGCUGCUCUGAAAUCCCCACUGCUGAUCGGCACGGACAUUCGCGAAUUGUCGGCAAAGGCGUUGACCAUUCUCAAUAACCCAGCUGUCAUUGCGGUCAGCCAAGAUCCACUCGGUCGAUCGGUGGCCCAAAUCUCCCGUGACCAACUGGUCCAGAAGGACAAGUACGGACAAGGGGAGAUUCAAAUCUGGAGUGGCCCUCUUUGGCUGCACGACCAGGUCGUCAUAUUCCUCAAUGCUGCGGAUGAAGAUCUUGAAAUGACAACGACCCUCAAUGAGAUCUUCUUGCACGAAGGACCCGAAGGUUCGGCGCCACAGACCAAGGAGGAAUUCGACGUUUACGACCUGUGGGCCGACCGUAUGGAAGACUCUACAGCCGAGCAGAUUCUGAGCGGGAAGCCUCAAUACAAGAGCUCAUGGUAUAACUCGACUCGGACACCGUACAAGGAAGGCCUAGCAAAGGCGGACCCCCGACUCUUGGGCAAACGCGUGGGCAGCAUUGGACCCAAGCACAACGUUCUGCGAGCUCAUGUACCAGGACAUGGUAUUCGCAUGUUCAGGUUGCGUAAUUUGAGUGGCGGCUCUCCAAGGUAUGCCAUGACUAAGGAUGAGCUUUGA